CUCGCUUCUAUCGCAAUGGAGGGGUUUUCAAAACAACUGCUUUGAAACUCGAUCGGAAAGUGCCGCCUGGGGUGUGGAAAAUUCGAUAUGCCAGAUGAGCUCAAGCUAAACCCCGGUCUAGCCCGCUCACCGCCCACUCUGAGCCAGCGCAACGGUAAAGGGGAAGUGAUGUGCGAGGCGCGCGACAGCUCGCGCUUUUGAAUUUCCUAUACAAUUAGUGGGCUCAAUUCCUCUUUUUCUUCCUUUCUCUCUUCCCCCCCAUCCCUCUCCUCCUUGCCUUUGUAUCUCCAAACAUCACAAUGGCACCCAAAUCCUCUUCCCCGGCCAAGAAGGCCACCGCCUGUGCUUGCAGCCAGAAGAGCUGCUGCAGCAGUCUCACCACCUUCUUCAAGUGGUUCGCCAUCCUCUUCGCCGUCCUGGCUCCCAUCUUCUACGUCCUCGACCAAAACGUCGACAAGUUCUACGUCUUCAACCUCCCCCAGCUCGAUGCCGUCACCAAGGCCGCCAUCAACGCCCACCCCGGCGACACCAAGGCCAUGGUCAAGUACAUCGUCGACGAGCUCAAGGCCGACGUGACCGUCAGCCGCUACGUCAACACCGAUGAGCAGUGGGUAUUCAACAACGCCGGCGGCGCCAUGGGAGCCAUGUACAUCAUCCAUGCCAGUUUCACCGAAUACCUCAUCAUCUUCGGCACCGCCAUCGGCACAGAAGGCCACACGGGCCGCCACACCGCCGAUGACUACUUCCACAUCCUCACCGGCACACAAACCGCCUACGUCCCCGGCGAGUAUGAGCCCGAGGUCUAUCCCCCGGGAACCAUCCACCACCUCCGCCGCGGCGACGUCAAGCAGUACCGCAUGCCCGAGUCCUGCUUCGCCCUCGAGUACGCGCGCGGGUGGAUCCCCCCCAUGCUCUUUUUCGGCUUCGCCGACGGUCUCUUCAGCACGCUGGACUUCCCCACCUUGUGGAGGACGACGUAUCUUACUGCUGAGCAGAUGUUGGGGAAUCUUGUCAAGGGCAAGUUUUAAGGGGAUUGUGAGAAAGGAAUAGACGGGGGUGUGUGUAUAUAAAAUCUUUCUUGUACUAGUACGAUAUUAUAUUAGACAUAAGAAGGAAGGGGGAUUAUAUGACUGGGAACAUAAUGGAUUGGAUUGGGUUGGAACGCGGCAUGGGAUAAAUGCCAGUGGUCAAUUCGAUGGGUUCAAAAAUGGAAUAAUAUGAAUAAUUCAUCUGAGUUCUUAUGCUGGGACAGUUAAAAAAAAAAAAUGUUUAACUGCACCCACCGC